GGUUCUGGUGAAUGGACAGGUAAUGAACGAUCACCUAUUUGUUGUCCCACCUCAGCACAUGUAUCGGUCCGUAUUCUGCCGACAAAUGGAUAGGUUGCUUGGCAACGUCGCACAAACGAAAAUGCAGUAGAGCUUAUCCGUAUUUCCUUUCCGGAAAGUCUUUUUCCUGCAGUAUCUGCAGCCGUAUGUUAAAAGUUGAUAGUGUUUUUGGUUGUGGCGAUUAAAACAAUGCCUGGAACAUAUGAUCCGUAUUGUUUCUACUUCCAACGAAAUAUCAGUAACGCCAAGUGCAGUGAAAGGUUAAAAAUAUGUAACAGAACCUGUUAAUCAAGUAUUGAAAACGAAGGAGAAAACAUCAAGGGAAAAUGGAGCACGCGGACUUGAUUCAAGAGAUGCCUCAUAUCGAACAAAUGCCUACUCAAGAAAGACUGAUAUUAGCCAAGAAGAGACGGAACCAUCAACUAAAGGUUUGGUCGCAAAAAGAGAAGGAGUACAGUAAGAAAACGCAUAAGCCGAAAACGUCCAAUAAGAGAAAUAUAUUUUUUAGCGAAAGCGUUGUACUUCUUGAAGCAGCUUCCAGAAAUGAUAUAGACGAAGUGCGACGGUUGUUAACUAAGGGGGUGAGUCCAGAUUCCUGCAACGAAGAUGGUCUCACUGCUCUACAUCAAUGCUGUAUAGACAAUAACGAAGCCAUGUUGAAUCUUCUGUUGGAAUUUGGGGCAAAUGUCAACGCGGAAGACAGCGAGAAGUGGACGCCUCUCCACGCUGCAGCAACUUGUGGGUUCCUAAGAUUAAUCAAGAUCCUCAUCGACAACGGUGCUAAUCUCUUGGCUGUCAACGCCGACGGCAACAUGCCUUACGAUAUCUGCGAGGAUAACCAGGCGUUGGAUUGUAUCGAAAUUGAAAUGGAUAGAAGAGGGAUAACUCAGCAGCUCAUAGAUGAAACUAGGGCUUCUACAGAGAGGCAGAUGUUGGCCGAUCUAGAGAUGAAGGGAAUGAGAGGUGAAGAUUUGGAAGCGUACGACAUUCAAGGUGCAACACCACUUCAUAUUGCCGCUGCAAACGGGUAUAUCUCAGUGGUCGAGUUUCUAUUGGAACACGGCGUGAGGACAGAUGCCAAAGACAAGGACGAUUGGCAGCCAGCUCAUGCUGCAGCUUGCUGGGGUCAUCUAGAAGUCAUAGAGCUACUGGCACAAGCCGGAGCGGACUUGAACGCAAAGAACAAGCACGACGAGACUCCAUUUGAUAUCUGCGAAGACAUCGAACUGAAAGAGAGGAUAUUGGAGUUGAAGACAGAACAAGAGAUCAAGAGGCAGGCCGAAGCCAAGCGAAAAGUAAGAAGAUCGCAGAGCAACACAAGGACCCAAUCUGUUAGGAGAACGUCAUUACGAGAUAAGGGUAUGACCAGUCGGAAAGACGCGGUUGAAGAGGCUAGACUCAGGCUGGAAGCAGAAAGUCAAAAGGCUCUCGAUACUACGGAUGACCCCCAAACUCAGUCCAAACCUCCCAAAGUACCAAUAAGCAAUAACGUACUCACACUGCCAGCACAACCUAAACUGAAAACUAACAACGAGCAAACAAAACACGAGGGCAAUUUAAUAUGCAAUAACAACGAACCAGCCGAUGCCGACAAAUCCUUCGAAUUAGAAAGACGGACACCAGAAGGUAAAGACAGCGAUUCCCUGCUGGAAAGUCCCAUAGCGGAAUCCAACGAAAACUCCUACACCACAGACGUGAACGGAAAAGUCACCGUGCAUGUUGUUGUGACAAUAAAUGGAAACGGCACACUGGCGGAUUUGAAGAAGCAACGAAUGCAGAUAAGAAACAACAGCGGAGAUGUCAGUACUCUAUCCUCUCCGGUCAACAGUAUACCGGACAACGAUUCUGCCACUGUUCCAACAACAGACGUGGUGAGAUUCACAGGAGAAACCACCCAAGAAAAUGUCGGAUACUCAAAGUCAAAAAGAUGCUGUGUUAUUCAAUAGAUACUAGAAAAAUGACUGUCCGUUUAACUUAAUCAAAAUUAGUUGUGGAUGUGAUAAAAGUAACGGCAACUGAUUAUUUUAUGUCUGAAAGUUCCUGCUAUUUGCCAUUAGGAAUUAAAAAAAAACGUUUUAACCAAUUUCUACAACGUCAAUGGAGCCAGAACUUGUCUCCAAUUUUUUAUGUUUUUUCGAAUUUGAAAGUUUUUCCUUAGAAAAAACUAUAAGAUAAAUCCCAGUUUUCUCCGUCCGAUCUGGACUAUUUUUAUCUUUACUGAUAACAAGGAAUAGAAACUUCUAGCUGUAGUACCUUAAUGAUAGAACGUCCACACUCAGUCCUCCUGUCAGUACACGGAUUAUAAAUGUUUCUGGUCCUACCGGCAGGAUUUUUUUGUCUGCCAACAGUACCUACACUAGAAUUUCCCAUAGGCGUAGAUACUUUACCUUCCCAUCAUUAAAUUAGCUCAGUACUGAGUUUUACCAUGCAUUGAGUAUAAUACUCGAUGGUUUUACUCAACAAAAUUCGAUUAAAAAAUUAUGAUUGAUUUUCCUGUAUUAGUUUUCCCAAAUUUUCCGAAUUUUUCUUGGGAACGACAUACUCAUUCUAUUAGCUGAGACGUUUAGUUUUCGAAGUUGUUCAAUAUAUUUGCUAUUUUCAAUAAACGUACCUAGAGGUACUCAUAAAAAAAAUUUGAAAUAAAAUUUAUAUAUUCACCAUGCCCGAAAAGACAAUAUAGUAGGAAAAAUUUUGCUGGUAACACACUAAAAUAUAAGAAAGGGAAUCAGCACUGGAAUUAUUUACCUUGACAUUUCUUCAAUAAUCCCUAAUUCAUAGGCAUUUCCUUCAUCAAUGUCACAAAGAACAAGAGCUGUGUUGCCAACUACAUUCACACCACAGCACUUGUACAUUCCUCACCAAAUACGAAAAGGCUCCAUCUAUUUAUUCCUUCAUCGAAAUUAGUAGCUUUUGUGGAAACUUUGUCAUUCUGUCUCAUUUUGUUUCUCAUUUUUGGUGAACGCCUGUGAACGACUGAAUGUAAACCUAACAAGUCUUCUUGUUGUUAUAAUUUGGUAUGUACUGGAGCUAGAGAGUCGAAACUUGCACAUUUAUAUUAGGCAAAUUUCUGCAUUCUUUCGAAUGGUGAUGAUUUAGUCCUUCCAGCGUCCUAUGUGAAAUUAAACAUUUGCUGGCAUGUUAAAUUGAACUGGCAGCAGACCCAUUAGACGUUCUAUCAUUAACGGUCAUUUUAUUCAUUGUAGAUAAAAACACAUUGUGUAAAUAUCAAUCGCAAAUUCCCCACGAUUUAUGAGUUGUCCCAAAGAGGCAAUAAUAUACAAAUACAUUCCAAAUAUUGUGAUAAGUCUUAAAUUGUUAUAUUUGAUUCGUGGUAUGAGGUUUUCAAUUAAUGAAAAAAAAUCUUAUUUGUAUAUAUACCUACUCAUAUAUUUUCUGCCGGUUAAGGCAUUUCUUCGAUGCAUUUCGUUUUGUAGAUUUCAGAAUAUGUACUCGCAUUUUUUAAUUGUAAAUAAGGUUGAUAGUGCCUGACACAAUUUUACCGUUUUUUUUUGUAAUUUUCUUUAUUUUUCUUUCAUAUUCCGGAUGAAGUAAAUCAUUGAUUUGAAGAAUA